AUGUAUAGUCCCGCCAGUGCCGGGACAGCAAAGAUAGUGGCCACGAAUCGAAGUGGGAGCUCCUGCAAUGAGACGCUGAAGCUGAACAGCAGCAACGUGCAGAGCUUCUGCAACGAGACGCUCAAGCUGCACAGCACCUCUCCCCUCUGGCAUGCCGCCAGCACCAUGUUCGAGCACCUGACGCUGACGUCGGGGCUGCCGCCACGCCACAGCACAGCGUGGCUUUCCUUCGGCUCCGAUACAAGGCGCCUCAAGAAGGUCAGCAAAGUCCAUGUGGACCGCUGCCAGCAGUACAACACGUGCGACAGAUGCCUCCAGGCCAGGAGCUACUGGUGUUUCGCUCGAAAAAAGUGGAGUUGGAGGCUUAUUCCUGAAAUGGUGCGAAUUCGUCGAACGGUGAAGAUGGCCAUCAACCUAUUGCCCCAGCAGCACGGUGGCACCCACUACGAGUGGUUGUUUGGACACAGCACUCCAAUUCAGGCGAGGGCCACGCAGCACGGACUUGCCUGCUCCACACCUGCCAUGCCCGACAGGCUGCUGAUACCUGCUGGGUCGGGUAAGCACUAA